GGGGUUUUCUAUUUCUUCGAUUGUGAUUUGGGAAAAAAUUGAAAAGGCGGGAACCCUCGUUUACUCUAAAAUUUACGAGUGAUCGAGUCGUGGACACAUACCACACACAGAGUGUGUAUCAACGGUUUUAUUUAGGGUUUGGAAAUAUGUUCGGCGGUCAAUUCGACGGCAGUGCUGCCUUUGCCGGCGGCGGCUUUAUGCCUUCACAGGCUACUCAAUCUGUCUCUGAUCACUCCUUCUCCUCCCCCGCCAAGAAUCGUGAAUCGCAGCAGCUACUUCCGUUAACAGUGAAGCAGAUAAGCUUGGCAUUGUUGUCGAGUGAUGAGAAGUCUAAUUUCUCAAUUGACGGCGUUGAAGUCAACAGUGUUAAGUUGGUGGGAAUGGUAACUAAUAAGGCUGAAAGAGUUACUGAUGUUUCGCUUGAGAUCGAUGAUGGGACCGGACGUAUUGACUGUACAAAAUGGGUUAAUGAAUCUGCGGACAUGAAGGAAAUGGAGGGUAUAACGGAUGGCAUGUAUGUUUGUGUUCAUGGACACUUGAAAGGCUUUCAGGGUAAAAAGCAAUUAGUUAUCUUUUGUAUCAGGCCCCUGAAAGACUUUAAUGAAAUAACGUACCAUUUUGUCGAGUGUGCUUAUGUCCAUCACUACAACACCAAACUAAGGGUGCUGGGUGGUGGCCCUGUUGCUGGUCAUAUGCCAACUCCAGCUGCUAGCAUGCCUUUUCAGGGACAUCAAGCAACUCCAUCAAAUCAAUUUCCAGGUGUGCAAUAUAGUUCUGGCGACUUUGGUGGCGUUGACAAAAUGGUUUUAGAGUUCUUGCAACAGCCUUCUUGCGUAUCACUGGAAACUGGGGUUCAUCAGGAUGUAAUUGCAAAAGGUUUGCGGAUUCCACGGGAAGCAGUCAUAAAAUCAAUUGACGUUCUGGUGCAGGAAGGGCUGGUUUAUUCUUCAGUCGAUGAGUUUCAUUUCAAGUCUACAACCAAUGGUUAAUACCUCAGCUUACAUAUGAGCAUUUACUCAAUGUGUCAAUCUUUGCCAAAUGAAAUGACAGAUUAGCUUGUAGUAACAUUUUUUAUUUCGUUUCCUCAAGAAGCCUUUCAGUUGGAGUAUGAUGUUAACAGUUCCGCGGUCUUGUCUAGAUAUAUAAACUUAUUACUCAUAAAAGUUGGGGUUUUUUUU